CGACCACUUAAAGAAUAAUCGCCCCUUGAGUCAGUCGUGUCUACUGAUAUAUAUAUUGUGACUUAAUCCAAUUGAAGAUCAGUCGAUACAGUAGUUGGGUACUGGGCACUUGAAACGAAGAAAACAAUAUGUUGUUCAAAGCACUCGCUGUUGUUUUACUGGCUGUUGGAGUCCUCGGAGAAUACCAGAUCACCGAUGACCAGCGUCAGAUGUUCAAGGAUUACGUUAAGAAGGCGUGUGAGAGCAACAAUGCUCCGGACAAAGUAGAGCAAGUUGAAACUGCUGCGAGAAACUUUAUGGAUUGUGUGAAAGGCCUAUUCGAUGCUGAAACUGUAAAAAAAGAAAUAGAAGAAGCGAAACCUAACGGUGCUCUCGAUGAAGUGUUCAAGAAGUACUGCGCGAAAUCCCCUCAGCUGAAGACAUGCAUCAGCAACAUGGCGGAAGGUAUCAGCCCUUGCCUUGACCCAUCCAUUCGAGAGCACAUCGGCGCCGGAAAGAGCGCCACAAAUCAGCUGAUUGACUUCGUGUGCUACAAGGACGGUGACAGAAUUGCAUUAUUCAUCGCAGAGGAAGGACCAGAGUGCUUCAAAGAGAAGUCUGGAGCUCUCCGUACAUGUGUCAAUAAACUCAGGGAAGAAAUCAAAAGCGUUGAAGAAGCCAAGAAACUAACUCUUGAGCAAAAAUGUGGCAAAUUCGAUGAAAUGACCCAAUGCGUGGUAAAGGCCCUCGAGGAAUGCUCCAGCCCAACACCCGGAAACAUGGCGGAGUCCCUCUUCAAAUACGUCAGAAACGAAUCACCUUGCAAGAAAAAUUAAAUCGGCGUUAACAUAUAAUAGUAGCAGUAAGUGGAAGACUGGCAACAUCAGUUCCAUUAAUUUAUCACGAAAUUAAAUAAAUAACAUUUGUUUACUUAUAAA